CUGCUUGAUUUUGAAAAUACUCCUGUUCACCUAUCAUAGGUAGUCCUGUGUUUCUAUGUAGUCGUAGUUAAUGGGGAGCGAGUACAAGCAGCAACCAGUCCAUCCCUGUUGUGAAUGUGGAGACCUCUCUGGAUUCACAAUUAAAGACUACAUAAUGCAUUCCACUACAAGUGACGAAAGCCAGCUCCCAGAAUAACAAGCAAGACAACUUUGAAGGUGACUGUUUUUGACCAGUGUCUUUCAUUGCAUUUGUGUAGUAAGCUUGUGGUGGAUUUUUCAGAAUGAUGAUAUAAAUUUUUCUUGAAUGAUUCUUAAGAAGGACUGAGUCUUCCUGAAAGUGAUACAGGUGCCACAGUACAUGUAUCAGCUGGGUGGCUGCUCACGUUCCUCGAGUCUAUAUGACUCUGCCACGACACUGAAGUUGUCCUUCUGAUUUUGUACAGGGAGAAAAUGCUGAAACUAGUGGCCACAGAUGUCUUUAAUUCCAAAAACCUGGCCGUUCAGGCACAAAAGAAAAUAUUGGGUAAAAUGGUGUCCAAAUCCAUCGCCACCACCUUAAUAGAUGACACAAGCAGCGAGGUGCUGGACGAGCUCUACAGAGUGACCAGGGAGUACACCCAGAACAAGAAGGAGGCAGAAAAGAUCAUCAAGAACCUCAUCAAGACGGUCAUCAAGCUGGCCAUUCUUUACAGGAAUAACCAGUUUAAUCAAGAUGAGCUAGCACUGAUGGAGAAAUUUAAGAAGAAAGUUCAUCAACUUGCUAUGACCGUGGUCAGUUUCCAUCAGGUGGAUUACACCUUUGACCGGAAUGUGUUAUCCAGGCUGUUAAAUGAAUGCAGAGAGAUGCUUCACCAAAUCAUCCAGCGUCACCUCACCGCCAAGUCACAUGGACGGGUUAAUAAUGUCUUUGAUCACUUUUCAGAUUGUGAGUUUUUGGCUGCCUUGUACAAUCCCUUUGGAAAUUUUAAACCCCACUUACAAAAACUUUGUGAUGGUAUCAACAAAAUGUUGGAUGAAGAAAACAUAUGAGAAUGUUGAAUUAAGAUUGUGACUGAUCAUGAUUAUUUGAAGGUGGGGCGCUGCUGAUUUAUGAAGGAAGAAAGAAUUUUCUAAAGAUUACACAUAUUUCAGAAAGACUUUGCCCAAUUCAAUUGUCAGACAUUAAUGAUAGUGCUUUUAUGAGGCUUGUUUUAUUUGGGGGAAAAAAGCAUAUUACCAAAAAUUCUGGUUAAAAGCUUCCUAACAGGUAACAGAUCGUGGGAAAGAUGUAUGGUUGAAUAAUGCAGAUGUAGAGUUAUACAGAGAAAAAUAUGUGUGGCUCCAGACCUUAAGUUUUUUUUUUUUUAAGGACAGUUGUGUUGUUGGCAUAUUGGAUAGUUCAACAUGUACAAAAUUGUGUAUUUGAUUCACUUUUAUUUCUUGUUAUGUAUAUGUACCUCUUUUUUAAAAGCCAAGAACUUUCUCUUGCUGUCAUUGUUCAUUUUGAAACAAUUCCAUUUUCAAGUCUACCUUUGAUUGUUUUGUUAAAGAUUGCAUCAUUGACAUUCAAGAAUUAAGUCUGAGGCACUCAAACUAAACCCUCAGAAAGAUAGAAACUGCUUAUCUGAAAUCAGUACUGUGGAAAUGAACAAUAUUAGAUGUUAUGAAUAAUGUCCAAUAUAAGAAUAUGCUUCUGGAAGUAAGUCUUGCUUUUAAGUACCAAUGGUGAUACCUAGAUUUUCAAAAAUCUAAUGGCACGUUGCCUUGAAAUGCUUGCUUAGAGCUUAACGUUUGUGUUAGCUUGAGAAUAUACUCAUGAAAUCUCCAUUUUUUAUAUCUGUUUCACAUGUAAGAGAUAAAAAAAAUCUAGAUUGGCCUUGACAUUGGAACAAUAAAAGUAAGUAGCAUUAAGAAAGAUAAAACAAUCUUCAUGUUAGAGAUGAACCCAUAAAAUAACUUAAUUUAGAGGAAUGAGGGGCCAAAGGGAAGAAAGUCUAUUGCUAAAGAACAUGAGCAUAAAAAUGAGUGCAUUUCGAUGUUUAAGAAGGUUUGAUAAAUGAAUAAAGAAUGUCACUUUUUUAAUUUAACUGAUAAGGUUUUUGUUAUUUUGUUAUUUGUUACUUUGAUGAGUAAACCAAAGAAUAUUUACAUUCCAGACAGUUUGUGUGCUAUUUCUAUGUAAUUAUUUGUGUGUGAAUGAUAAAGUAGGCAUUUACCUAUUUUGUAAAAAAGAAAUGAAAAUCUGUUGGCCAACUGUAUCAUCUAGGAAAUAGACCCAACCACCAGCACUAAAUAUUUACAUUGUUGCUGUG